CGGCUGCAGCAGCGGCAGCGACGGCUGCGGCUGAGGGUCGGAGCCUGGCGGCGCGCGGGCCGGGGAUGCGCGCGGGCUGCGCGUCGGGCCGGUGAGAGCCGCGGCCGCCGGGUGGGCCCCGCCGCGGGGGGCGCUGCGCCGUGACAGCAGCACCAUGAGCAGCCCGGGCGCCGCGGCCGGCUACCUGCUCUGCACCAACUGCCGCAAAGUGCUGCGCAAGGAAGCCGCCAGCUGCCGUUCCUACAGGAAACUCUCCUUCCUUGCCAGGAUGCACGGAUCCAAGUGUCUCCGCCCUUGACCAGAGGACCUAGUGCCUUCAUUCCGGAGAAGGAGGUCGUCCCCGCGCACCCCACGGACGAGCGCACCAGCUUCCUGGUGGAGGAAUAUUCGACCUCCGGCCGCCUAGACAACAUCACGCAGGUCAUGGGCCUGCACACGCAGUACCUGGAGUCCUUCCUGCGGAGCCAGUUCUACCUGCUGCGCAUGGAUGGGCCCCUGCCACUGCCGCAGCGCCACUACAUCGCUAUCAUGGCUGCAGCGCGCCACCAGUGCUCUUACCUGAUCAACGUGCACGUGGACGAGUUUCUCAAGACGGGCGGCAGCGCCCAGUGGCUAGACGGGCUGGAGUACGCGCCGCAGAGGCUGCGCAACCUCAGCGAGGUCAACAAGCUGUUGGCACACCGGCCCUGGCUGCUCAGCAAGGAGCACAUCCAGAACCUCGUCAGGACAGGGGAGAACAACUGGUCCCUGCCGGAGCUGGUCCACGCCGUGGUCCUGCUGGCCCACUACCACGCCCUGGCCAGCUUUGUCUUUGGCAGCGGCAUCAACCCCGAGCGGGAUCCCGAGAUCACCGGCGGCUUCCGGCUCAUCUCUGUGAACAGCUUCUGUGACUGCGACUUGGCAAAUGACAACAGCAUUGAGAACGCGUCCUUGAGCGGCACCAGCUUCGGGCUUGCAGACUCCCUGGAGGCCCUGGUGGAGAGGAUGAAGAGGCUGCAGGAGCAGCGGGCAGAGGACCAGGUCUCGCAGGCCGACAGAAACGCUCGCUUUGAGCGGGAGCAGGAGGAGGACCUGUUCAUGGCCUCGGAGGACACUUUCCACUCGUUCCCUCCUUCCGACUUUGAAGAUGACACGGCCGUCUCUGCUGGCAUCUCCCAGUAUGUGGACGACCCUGGCUUCGGGUACGAGGACUUUGCCAGGCGUGGGGAAGAGCAUUUGCCGACGUUCCGCGCCCAGGACUACACGUGGGAGAUCCACGGCUUCUCCCUGGUGAACAGACUCUACUCGGACAUGGGCCACCUGCUGGACGAGAAGUUUCGCAUGGCCUCCAGCCUCACCUAUAGCAGCAUGGCCACUCGCGAGGGCGUGGACACCAGCACCCUGCGCCGGGCCCUGUUCAACUACGUCCACUGCAUGUUCGGGAUCAGGUACGACGACUAUGACUAUGGGGAAGUGAACCAGCUGCUGGAGCGGAGCCUGAAGGUCUACAUCAAGACGGUGGCCUGCUACCCCGAGAGGACCACCAAGCGCAUGUACGACAGCUACUGGCGCCAGUUCAGACACUCGGAGAAGGUGCAUGUGAACCUGCUCCUCAUGGAGGCCCGGAUGCAGGCCGAGCUGCUCUACGCCCUCCGCGCCAUCACUCGGUACCUGACCUGAAGGCCCCAACCCCACAUGGAGGCGCAGGACUACCUUCCCCGGGGCUGGGCGGCGGCAGCUGUGUGCCCUGGGCCAUGUGCCCCUGUGGCUGUGAAGUGCAAUGGUGUGUCCGACCGCCCCCCCCCCCCGACACUCCUGGCCACCCCCAUGGCCCCUGAAACCUUCAGGCUAUGCCCCCAGGGGAGGGGGGGCACCAUUCACCUUCAGGGUUGUGUGCACGUGGAUGUUUUCCUUCCUCUGUUUUUUUCUCCAAUUUUUGAAAUGAGCAAAAGCGCUUACAAUCCACCCCAGCUGUCGCCUGGCAGCCACGGCGCCGCCUGAGCGAGACACCAGCACCUGGACAGGGCGGCGCCCCCUCCUCCCAAGGCCCCGACGGGUGUGAUUUGGCUGUUUGUGAUGCUUUGGCACCAAUGUGAAGCGUGACCAGCCGCUGCCCGACCUCCAAUGUGAACCCCCUCGGCGCCCGACCCCGCUCGCCCCUCCCCGACAGGAGCGUCCGCUUUCCACACCAGCCACGUUUCUAGCAGCCCCCAGUGCAACCACCCCAGACUGACCAAAAACUUUCAUUGCUCAUUUUUCUUUUCUCCAUGGCAGUGAGCAGAGGAUUUUUUUUCCCCUCCCUGGACUUUUAAAGAUCAGUUCCCAUGGGGUACUUCGCUGUUCAGAGGACGUGUUUCUCUGCAUUCCUGUCAAUCGGUGGCCGAGGGGGUACCACGGGGCCACUGCCCAUCCCAGCAGAGCGCCAGACGUCCUUCAUGCGUGCUGGGCAGCACCCUCCCAUCAUGCCAAAGCUUCCCCGGGACACUCCCGCACAGCCCCUGCGGGAAAGCCAGCGAGUCUUCUGGGACGCCCGCGUUGCCAUCCCCAAGGCCCCACUUUCAGGUUGGCUGGCAUGGUCUGUGGGGACCGUCCUCACAGAGCACGGCAGGGCGAGAUCGUAGCUUUAAUCCACUCUGCAAGCAGGUGCCUGAGCACCAGGCAUGGGGGCCGCAUGGAGGUUCCCCCACACACCCUCUUGUCCUUGACCACGUGCUUCUCCAGCACAGCACCCCCCAUCGUCCUGGACUGUCUGAGAGAGGAGGCCUUCUCUGCCCAUCCCCUCCCCACUGCCCACAGUGCUCACGGACUCACGGUCUACAGGAGUCUCUGAGCUCAGGGUCUGGAGUCUGAGGUAUUCUGUGUGAGGGAAACCAUUUAGGAUAGCGGUGGGGGAGGGGCAGCCAGGUGGUGGAUGCUGGGCCCUGCCCAGGGAUGCCCCUGCUGUCCAGAAUGGGGCAGGACUGGGGCAGCCCUGACCUCAUGCAUUCACGCUGAGAGAUGGGCUUUCUGGGGACAAGGAGGUGGAUGCUGCGGACACCCAGCCAGAGGGGCCCGUGGACGCAUCAGUGCCUUCCCCAGCCCUUCCCCAGCUCGGUGUACCCAGGAACCGAGCACGGGGGGCAGCCCGGGUAGUCACCAGCCCCUCCGUGCACGGGCGGCCCUGGGCGUGCCUGAUGGCCAACUUGGAAUCCUGACGCAGGUGUCGGGGGGAUGUUUUCCAGAGAAUCGGACUAUAGUAAUUUAUGUAGUUGAGCUUUUAUAUAUUAAAUGUGAUAUUUUUAGACGCGACGCCUUGGUCUCCCAGGGCACAGGUGGUGGCCGUCUGCUGCCUGCCCACUCCUCGGACUCACGUGCCAAACUGACACCCGGGAGGGGGUGGGGGGCAGGUUUGAUACGUGUGAAUGUGACCUCUGACCCGCCGCUUGUCCCCGAAACCCAGCCUAUGACCCAGACGGGAGGCUUAAGUCCAAGGGCCGUGCGCGAGAACCAAGUGCCACCCACUGGCCACAUGGCCACCUCCUCCUCCUGCCCUUCUCAGGAAGAAUCCUCGUCUCACGCCCCCGGCCCGAGCCAAGUGCUCCCUGCACAGCGGCCUCCCGUGCUCUCCCCUCACGGAGCAUCUAAAAGCCCCAAGCUGUGGGUGUCGGCCGCUGCCCUGCAGAGCCUGCACAGGCAGUGAGCAGAGGGGUCUUCAGAUUCACAGGACAGGUGGGGGGCCGAGGGUCAUGCAGGUUCUGGAGAGGAAACCUGUGUUCUCUGCCCAUCUCCCCGGCAGCUGUGCUCAGGGUCCGGAGAGAAUCUCCCACUCCACGCAGGGCCCCAGAGCUCUCUGCCCCUUCUGGCUGCAGCCUUUGUUCCCCAGGGCUCAGCAUCCUGGGCACAGGCCAGAACGGGCACACGGCCAGGCCACGCCGCUGAGGGUCCCCUCCCUGCCCAGUGCUCCCCAAGUGCCUCUGUGUCAUCCUGGGGUCACCAGCGCUUCACCCUCCAAUCCUCGCUCCUGCGCUCGCUCCACCACCAUCCUGCUCUCCACUACCUCAUCCCCGAGGGCCCAGGGGGCCCGUCUUCGUGGACAGGGCCUGUUCUUGGCCAGCUGCCUGCUUGUUGGUGACCCCGGUUCUGCCUUCGGCCGCGUUCUAUAGGAACCCGUGUGGCUGCCCUCCCCAGCUUGGAUCUGGGUAGCCUGAGUGACCGGCAGGGACAUCAGUUUGGGUCUGGAUCUUUCCAGAACACAGGGUUCAGUUCAGACUUCAGUUCAGUCAGCAUCGGGUAGAAAUGGCUUUGUAGCAGAGGGACGGAAGCUAAAUGGGGUGUGUGUGUUUGGUGGCACGCGUGUGUGUGAUGCAGCUCAAAUGCCGCACAGCCUGCGUUCCUGCUGCUCCCACACCAGGUCACUCUCACGGGGGUGGGAGGGCAGGGCCGGUUUGAGCCCAUAUUCCCUGGCCUCACAGAGGCCAUUUGCAGAGCAGCCAUCAAGGGCCGGUGCCCAGAGGGAUCAGCUACACCCGUUUCAUCCAUCGGGCCAGAAACGAGCACCCUUCCCCGAAUCCGAGAUCUCAGUGCUCUUUGUGGGUACACAACCCAGGGCACACCCCGCCUGUAAGGCAUUGUGAGCUGCAUGGGGGAAAGGGGGGGGGGAGGGAGCACUUGAUUCGGAUUCUUGGGGUGGGGAUCAGGCUGUGGAAUGAGCUCUGGUGAUGCCUCUGGCGAGCACACAGCCCGGAAGGGUUGCAGGGGGCUGAGAGUUUGCUCAGUCUGUGUUUUUAUGCUCCUCCCCUGAGCCUGAGUGGCUGUCUGAACAGAAACGUGGAGUCUGUGCAGGGAAAUGGGAAAGAGAGAGAAGCUCUGGUCUGGGGCAUGCCGGAACACCCUCCUUAUGCUGCUUCACCAGGUGUGAGCUGGAGGACGUGAACCGAGUCAACCGUCCUCCUACAGGACUCGGGCGGCCCGACCCCCAGCCAGCUGGGUGGACUGAGUGGGCACAGGGGCUUUGCUCCCUGGCAGGGUCUCAUCUCUCCUUCUUUGAGACACUCCCCUGCUCCAUCCAGUGGAUCCGCGUUCUCCCAGCACAGAGACGCUCCCUGUGUGUGCCCCUCUCCUCUGGAAGGAAAUGCAGCCCCCACCUCUGCCUCUUACUCUCUCCCACCCUGAACCCUGAAACCAGCCAGGCCCAGGGACAGCUCGUGGCAGGGCAGGACCCCGUGCGCCACCCUGGAACUUGCCCUGCUCCGCUGCUGGCUUGUGAAGGCUGUGCUGGCCUGGGAAAACUGGACGGACCCUCUCACAUAGCCAAUGGGGGCUGAACCAGCCCCCUCCCUCCCCGGUGGUGAGUGAGCUCCUGGCAUGCAGUGAGUGGUCUGUCAGUAUUAACCCCGACUUCGCCUUCGUGUCCCUGGUCCUCUGUAUUCCGACGCUCCGAAGCUGUGACGUACUCGCCAGCGAGUCCCGUGCUUUGUUACUGUGACCUUGUUCUCCUCCGAGCCCGGAGUCCGUCCCCGGGCUCCCGAGAGAGCACGGGCGCGUCAGGACUGCCCCAGGCUCCAGUGUCCACUGCCCAAGUUCUGUUCUGCAAACCUAGAGGCUCUCACGCGCCACCUGCCUCUGGGGACCGGGAGCUCCUCCUGCUUCCCGAAGCAGACACCUAGGAAGUCUCGUGCAGACGUGGGCUCUGGCUCAGCUUGCUGGCUUUGUGGCCUCGCUGGAGCUGGCCCGGGUGCGUCUGUGUGAUGCUCUGGUACUCAAGCCUCCAUUUCUUGUGCUAUCUUGCUUUCUGGAGGGAGGGUAGUAGCACACGAGCAGAGGCGGAAGGUACCGCUGGUGGGCCAGGACGAACAGGUUUGAGAUACAGGAACUGUGUGUUAACAUGUUAACAACAAUUCAUAACUGCACUUUUUAUGACAUUUUGAAAAAUCUAUUUAUAGGUACAGAACAAUGGGUUUUGUUAAGCUGUAUCAUUUAUACUUGCAGAAAUUUUAUUUCGUUGUUAUUCGUAGGAAUUUUAUUAGUUCAAUAAAAUCGGCUAAACAGAAUCCUUGA